GACGAAGUAACAUUUUGUGAGACUUUACCUGUGAACAUAUCAAACAAAAAGCUUGAACUCACUGAGCAAAAAGAAGUAUUACUAAAGACGACAAAGAACCUCAACUUCGAACUCUCCGAGCACCAAAUCAAUAAUGACCAGCUAUAACUAAAGAAAACAGACAUUACAAAUAACCAGGUUGAGUCCAUGAAGGAACUUCUCGACCAGCACGAAGAAGACCUCAAAACUCUCUGGAAACAACGUGACAAAUUACUCCAAGAGAAUACGGAUUAUGAAGUAAAGUGACAGCAUCUGGAUGAACAACUCAGACUGGUCACAAGGUAUAAGGACUGUUUGGAGAGAAAUGAGUUUUUGAAUAAGGCUGAGAUCAGACAGCUUAGAGGAGAGAUUGGAGUGAGAGAUGAUAGGAUAGAUAGAUUGCAGGAGGAUGUUAAAAAAUUAAAAGAAAAAUUAGCGAAAAGAUACCAAAGAGAUGAUGAGGAAUUCAACUUGUUCCAGAAAGAGAAAGAUAUUUUUGUAAAGAAGCUUAGGAAAGAUCUACAAGAUCAGCAAGCAGAAGUUGAGAAAAAGAACUAUGAAAACUUGAAACUUAAGAAGAAAAUAGAAAAACUCAAAGAUCAGCUUGAUGUAACUGAAGAAGAUCUGAAAAAGACCAGCACAAAGUUGAAGAAAUACAGGAAGUCAAAGAAGCAGCUUAAUAAGCUCAGAGAAAUAUUGCGAGAGAAGGAUGAAGAACUCCAGUUAUACAGAGACCUAAAAGACCUGAAGAUUAUUGAAGUCUUAAGAGAAGAGAAUGACAUUGAGAUACUAGAGACAGCAGAGAAGCAAGAAGAAGACCAAGAGAUUCAACAAGAGGAGGUAGAGAAGAGAAUGGAUAAUGGAGAGAAGGAUGAAGAGGAAGCGGAAGGAGGAGAGCAACUCAGGUUAACCAAAAGAACAUCUUCAAUGAACUCAUUCAAUACAGUCAACCAUCACAAACAGACAAGACCACUAAGAUCCAACAACAGAUCCACCAACCACCAACACUAAAUAAAUUUCAACAAAAACUCAUCCC